CAACGGGAACGAAGCACCAUGAAGACCCUCUCUUGCGUCCUGCUCGUCGCUUUCUUAGGCAUUGUCUGGACCCAUCCCAGUGGACGCCCCAAAACAUGCCGUUUGGACGACAACGCUGUCAAAACUCUGGUAUCCUGUAUUAAUGAAACAAGUGGAACGGAGACGAUGACCAAGCUUAACGCUGUCGUCAAGUUUUUGGACUGCGGCGAGGACGUGGAAUGCGGAAUCAAGAAAGUGUGCACGGAAUUCGAUGGCUCUAUGGGGAAAGCAGCGCAAGCAGUUUUCAAGGAAGAAGACUUAGAGAAAAUACGUCAGAUCUUCGAUGCGUGCCUCGAUAAACAAUAAAAUGGCCU